UUCUUUUUUUCUUUUAAAAUAUCUUUUUAAUUGCAAGGAGGAGGAGGAAAGCAUAAAAAGCAAAGCCGACUCCGCUCUGCGACUCGCGGCUUCGAGGAUCUUUUGGGGGCCGGUGCCUAAAACUUGUCACUGCGAGAUUCCGGAGCAGCUUCGAGAACGGGUCCCUCCGCCCCUUCCCUCAUCCCCUGAUCCGGGUGACGUGACGAGCACCUGCCGGGCAUAAAAGCAGACCUCCGCCACGCGUUCUCGCCAGACGCCCCUCCACCCCACCCGGCCAAGACCUCGUGUGGAUGCCAGCCAGGCAUGAGCGGCCGCGUCAAGUGUCGCGUCCGAGGUGUGCGAGGCGAAAGGUUGCCUCGGUUCCUGCAGCGUUGCCUGCUGAAAGUGAUCGGGAAGGUGGUGAGGACCAGACCCCUGCCUCACACUCUGGUGCUAGUGGUGAAGAACCGGCGGAGCCCGUCCUCCCGCCCUCUACAGGAUGCUGAAGAGGUCAUGCAAAUGUCUUCACUUGAUAAAUACCCACUGGAACCCACAGUCAGAAGGGCAUUUCAACUGCAGGCUCCUUGCAGCUCCUCAGAACAGCCUCCUGGCUUCCAGCAGAUUGGCCUGGCCAUGUUUGAUAAAGUGGUCAUGAAUCUGGGCAACCCCCGAGUGGCUGCUCUGUUGUUGGAGAGAGGAGCGAAUCCCAACGUGCCGGACCCUUCCACCGGCUCCCUGCCGGUCCACGACGCGGCCCGCGAGGGGUUUCUGGACACUUUGGAGGUCCUGGUCUCCGGCGGAGCUCGCCUCGACUUGCGCAACUGCUACGGCCGCCUGCCUCUUGACGAGGCUGCCGAACGUGGGCAGAACCAAGUGGUCCAUUUCCUCGCCCGGCGACAGAAGGACGACGCUUAGAAGCGGAGGGCGCCGGGCGCUGCUGGUCGGGGACUUCGCGGCCGUUGGCAGCCUCACCGUUUUUAGCCGGUGCGCUUAUCCGCUGCGCUGGCUCCUUCGCG